AGAAACAACAGUUAGAGAAAGUAUGGCUUCAUUUUCACAAGGUCCUGAUUUGAGAAUUGUGAUGAUUGGAAAAACUGGUGUGGGCAAGAGUGCUGUCGGAAACACCAUCCUGGGAGGAGAAUAUUUCAGAUCUGAACCCAGUGCAGAGUCAGUUACUGCGACUUGUACAAAAGAAGUGAUGCGGUGGGGUAAUAGAGUAAUUAGUGUAGUAGACACACCAGGGAUCCUGGACACAGCAAAAUCUCCAGAAUUCAUAAAAAAAGAAAUUGUGAGAUGUGUUGAAGUCUCCUGCCCAGGCCCCCAUGUGUUCCUGCUGGUCAUCCAAGUCGGUCGAUUCACCAAAGAGGAGAAAAAUGCUGUGGAAGCCCUGCAGGAGCUGUUUGGUCCACAGGCUAACCACUACAUGAUUGUGUUGUUCACACGUGGUCGUGAACUUGGAACCAAGACCAUACAGCAGUAUGUACGUGAAUCCACACCAGAUCUGCAGCGAGUCAUCCAAAGAUGUGGAAACAGGUUUCACCUUUUCGAAAACCAUAGCAGUGACAGACAGCAGGUGGUGGAGCUCAUCAGGAAGAUUGAUAACAUGGUGGAAGCAAACGGGGGCACAUGCUACACAAAUGAAAUGUACAGAGAGGUCGAGGCUGCACAGACCAGUGGACAUGGAGUAUUUAAUUAUAUAUUCCUCGCUCUACUGCAGCAACGUAUCAUGGAGUUUCUUUACAUUCUUGGGAGAGAUUAGAUUACUGUAGUAAAUCAUAUAAACAUUAGAAUGCGUGUAGUUAAAACAGGACAGCAUCUUUGCAUCAAAAUGUAACAUCUGACAGAAAACAUUUUAUGUGUAGACAGCUGUGUAGCAUUAAUUCUCUUUGAUUUUCCAGAAAAGAAUCUAAUGAAAUGUCCUUGGGUGCUGAUGAAGAAAAAAAUGGUUUUAAAAAUUGUAAUAAUGAUCAUAAGAAAGGUGUCGGUGCCAUUAAGAAAAUGUUUCUUGUACCUGCUUUAAAUGCUGUAGUCGGCUUUUAUUCAUGGUGGUGUGAUUCGUGUGAACAAAAUUUUGUGGCCUUUAAGUUUCUUUGUUAAUGAAAUGUGUUUGCCUUAAUGCUUGAUUUUGAUUU